AUGAUUUCUCCAGCGCUCAUCUUGUUCUCAAGUUUUCUCUGCCAUGUUGCUAUUGCAGGACGGACCUGUCCCAAGCCAGAUAAUGUGCCAUUUGCCACAGUUGUUCCAUUAAAAACAUUCUAUGACCCAGGGGAGGAAAUAGUGUUCUCCUGCCAGCCGGGCUAUGUGUCCCGGGGAGGGAUGAGACGAUUUAUCUGCCCUCUCACAGGACUUUGGCCCAUCAACACUCUGAAAUGUUUACCCAGAGUAUGUCCGUUUGCUGGAGUCUUAGAAAAUGGAGCUGUACGCUAUACAACUUUUGAAUAUCCCAACACGAUCAGUUUUGCUUGUAACACCGGGUUUUAUCUGAAUGGUACUAAUUCUGCUAAAUGCACUGAAGAAGGAAAAUGGAGUCCGGAUCUUCCUGUCUGUAGUCCUGUAAAAUGUCCUCCACCACCCAUUCCUAAGUUUGCAAAUCUUAGCAUUUAUAAGCCAUUUGCUGGAAACCACUCUCUCUAUGGAAACAAGGCAGUCUUUGAAUGUUGGCCCCAGUAUGCGAUGUUUGGAAAUGAUACAGUUACCUGCACAGCACAUGGAAAUUGGACUGAAUUACCAGAAUGCAGGGAAGUAAAAUGCCCAUUCCCAUCAAGACCAGAGAAUGGAUUUGUGAACUAUCCUGCAAAACAAGUACUUUAUUACAAGGAUAAAGCCACAUAUGGUUGCCAUGAUACAUAUGUCUUAGACGGCCCAGAAGAAGUAGAAUGUAGCAAAUUUGGAAACUGGUCUGCACAGCCAAGUUGUAAAGCAUCUUGUAAAUUAUCUGUUAAAAAAGCUACUGUGAUAUACCAAGGAGAGAGAGUAAAGUUCCAAGAAAAAUUUAAGAACGGAAUGCUGCACGGUGAAAAAGUUUCUUUCUUUUGCAAAAAUAAGGAAAAGAAGUGUAGCUAUACGGAGGAUGCUCAGUGCAUAGACGGCACCAUUGAAAUCCCCAAAUGCUUCAAGGAACACAGUUCUUUGGCUUUCUGGAAAACUGACGCAUGGGAUGUAAAGCCAUGCUAA